AUGAAGGAAGUCUUGGUAGUGGGUUGGAGAAGGCUGUUUCAAGGGGACAUGUGGUAUCUACGUGUGCAAGCAGCAGUAUUCAUAAUAUUCUACCUAGGUACUUGCCAUACGCACACCAAAUCUAAAAGCCAAGAGAGGCGGAAAUCUCAGCAUGACGAGCUAGGCUGGACAUGCCUUCCAUCUGUCCGCAAUUUCCGAGCCUUGCUCAACAACGCCACAGCCAAGAUCCUUCCAAACUUUCUGCGAAGCCAGUUCGUCACCAAGACCUAUCAGUACGAGAAACUCUCAUCGGCAUCACAUACCCGCCAUCUCACCCUUUUGCCAGCUCAGGACUCGAAUGAUAGCCUUAAAAUCGUUCUAGGAAGUGCAUGUCCUGAGGAUUGCCCUCCAUUCGAGGCCGUUUCUUACGUAUGGGGUAGCGACCAAAAGGUGUCGCAAGUUUACUGUCGCAAGCAUGUUAUCCCGAUAACUGCUAGUCUUGAUGCAGUCCUACGCUGUCUUCGUUUACCCAACGCGGAGCGAACAAUCUGGGUAGACGCAAUCUGCAUCAAUCAGGCGGAUAUUGGCGAGAGAAGCCAACAGGUAGCUAUGAUGGGCCGAAUCUACGCUGUCGGAGAACGAACGAUCAUACAUCUAGGUACAGACCCUGAUGGUCAUGCAGAAGCUGUGGCUUCUUUGCUCGAAGAGAUAACUCAGCAAAUUGAGCACCAGGGUGGGAGCCUCAUCGACUCACGAUUUGUUCCACAACUAGCUAUGGAUGAUCCACUCAGUACCGACCAGAGAUGGAAAUCGUACAAGAUUAUGGUGGCUCAUGACUGGUUCUCGAGAACCUGGACUGUCCAAGAGGCUGCCUUGGGUGACGACCCCUAUAUACUUUGGGGCACUAGAAAGAUCCCUUGGUUGCGAGUCACGGGCGUUAAUCAAUGGCUUCUGAGCAAAGCUCGACACGUAUGGUUUCAUCUUAAACCAUGGCUUAAUGAUGUACAUGGCCGUGGUUUCUGGAUGGAGGAGUUCCCGAUGCCUAACUUCGUCGAAACCCUUGCAAGAGCGAAAACCCUCCAUUGCAAAAAUGACCGGGACCGUAUAUAUGGUUUCCUGGGCUCUCCAAAGGCCAUAGUCGGCCCAGAAAAAGAAAUUGUAUUGGUUCCAGACUAUGCGAAGGAGUACCGCAAAAUAUAUCAGGACUUUGCUGUCUCAUGGUUGAGUAAAACGCAAGAUUUAGCAUUGCUUUCAGCUAUUGAGCACCGGGAUGAUACAAUUCGGAGUGACGUGCCAUCCUGGGUGCCAAGGUGGGACGUUACACUUUCGACCAACUACUAUGGGCUCUUUAGCCCCGGCUUCGAUGCUUCAAAAGGAUUUCCGGUGACUCCGCCUGAUCCAACCUUUGGAGAUGAGUUGAGAGUCACAGGUGUCGUCUUCGAUACUAUCACCUGGCGAUCAGAUAUGCUGCCAAACGACGAAGAAUGGGCGGCGCCUGGACUAGGUAUUGAGAAAGAGUUAGUUGAUGCCUGGAAAUAUCUUGCUGAACUUCAAGCUCCAGGUAGUCACUUACCAUAUGUCCUAGCUUUUGUUAGAACACUGUGCCGCCAGGCGUACGGAGAUGAUACCUUGGGAUUUCAUCCCGACGAGGCUGCAUUCGCCCUCGCUCUUUGUCGCCAAAGCUUGUGCUUUGGCGAUGUAGAUGAGUCUGACUUGGAGAAGGCGGCAAUAGGCGGGAAUGCGGAGGCUUUUACGACGCACGCUGGCAUCUGGGCUGGACAACGCAGCAUAAUGCUUACCAAGACCGGGAGGUAUGCGCUAGCAUCGGCAAUUACGCAGAAGGGUGAUGAAUGUUGCAUUUUCACGGGAAUGCCAGUUCCAGUGGUUGUGAGGCCAGCAGAAGAGCUUGAGCGUUACGAGUUUAUCGGCGAGGCAUUUGUGCUUGGGAUGAUGCACGGGGAAUUGCAUGAUCAGCAGGCGGUCAGUGGCAUAGAAGUGCAGCGCAUGAUCUUGGUAUGA